UCCGGCGCCGCCGAGUCUGUGUUCCGGGUUCAUUGUCCCCGGUUUCCGGACCGGGCUGGUCGUUGGGCUGCGCGUAGCGCCUUUCGAGUGUCGGGACUCGCCGGCCUGGCCCGGUCCGGUCCGACCCAGCUCGGUUCGCCCCACGGCUGGCCCGGUCCUCGCCGCCCCAUGGAGUCUCAAUGCGACUACUCCAUGUACUUCCCGGCCGUGCCGCUGCCGCCGCGCGCGGAGCUGGCGGGGGACCCAGGCCGGUACAGAGCGCUGCCCCGGCGGAACCAUCUGUACCUGGGGGAGACCGUCCGCUUCCUGCUGGUGCUGCGCUGCCGGGGCAGCGCGGGGGCCGGGGCCGGCCCGGGUUUGGGCUCCCGGGGGGCCUGGGCCGAGCUGGCGACCGCCCUGGCUGCUCUGGCCUCGGUCAGCGCUGGAGGCGGGCUGCCCGGGGGCAGUGGCACCGGAGAGCAGGACCCCGAGCCCCCAGGGGGUGGGGAUCCCGGGGGUGGGGGCUUGUUCCGAGGCUGCAGCCCCCUUCUCACCCACGGCCCGGGCCCAGCUACCUCAGGGGGAGCGACCACGCUGCCUGUGGAGGAACCGAUUGUGUCCACAGAUGAGGUCAUCUUCCCUCUCACUGUUUCACUGGAUAGACUGCCCCCAGGGACACCCAAGGCCAAGAUUGUAGUGACUGUGUGGAAGCGGGAGGUUGAGGCACCAGAGGUCAGAGAUCAAGGCUACCUGCGCUUGUUGCAGACACGAUCUCCUGGAGAGACCUUCCGGGGCGAGCAGAGUGCAUUCAAGGCCCAAGUGAGCACCCUGCUGACGCUGCUGCCUCCACCAGUUCUGAAAUGCCGGCAGUUCACUGUGGCUGGAAAACACUUGACUGUGCUCAAGGUGCUGAAUAGCUCCUCCCAGGAGGAAAUCUCCAUCUGGGAUAUCCGAGUCCUUCCCAACUUCAAUGCCAGUUAUCUACCUGUCAUGCCUGACGGCUCUGUGUUGCUGGUGGACAACGUGUGUCACCAGUCUGGGGAAGUCUCCAUGGGCUCCUUCUGCCGGCUCCCUGGCACCUCUGGCUGCUUCCCUUGCCCACUUAGUGCCCUGGAGGAACACAACUUCCUAUUUCAGCUGAGAGGGGAUGAGCAGCCCCCUCCCGGGGCCAAGGAGGGCCUUGAAGUUCCCCUGAUUGCUGUGGUUCAGUGGUCUACCCCAAAGCUACCCUUCACUCAGAGCAUCUAUACCCACUAUCGCCUGCCCAGUGUCCGCCUUGACCGUCCCUGCUUUGUGAUGACUGCUUCUUGUGAGUCUCCUGUUCGGACCUACGAGCGUUUCACUGUCACCUAUACACUGCUCAACAAUCUCCAAGACUUCCUUGCUGUGAGGCUCGUGUGGACCCCAGAGCAUGCACAGGCUGGUGGGUCAGCUGCCACGUCUGGACCUUGUCCCCUAGAAUGGGAAGGGAAGGGAGGUCAAGGAAAGCAGCUGUGUGAGGAGGAGCGCCGGGCCAUGCAAGCAGCCCUGGACUCCAUCGUUUGCCACACUCCCCUCAACAACCUUGGCUUCUCCCGGAAGGGCAGUGCGCUCACCUUCAGUGUGGCCUUCCAGGCCUUAAGGACAGGACUCUUUGAGCUGAGCCAGCACAUGAAGCUGAAGCUGCAGUUCACUGCCAGUGUGUCCCACCCUCCACCUGAGGCCCGGCCCCUCUCCCGCAAAAGCAGCCCCAGCAGUCCUGCCGUCCGGGACUUAGUGGAGAGGCACCAGGCGAGUCUGGGCCGCUCUCAGUCCUUCUCCCACCAGCAGCCUUCCCGCAGCCACCUCAUGAGGUCUGGCAGUGUGAUGGAGCGCCGGGCCAUCACGCCCCCUGUGGCCUCCCCUGUUGGCCGCCCCCUCUACCUACCCCCGGACAAGGCUGUGCUCUCUCUGGACAAGAUUGCCAAGCGCGAGUGUAAAGUCCUGGUGGUAGAGCCUGUCAAGUAGCUCAGCUCCCUGAACAGUCCAGAACCGCUAAGCCCCUGGAGGGCUCCUUGCUUCCAGGCUGUGCCUCCCCUGGGACACCUCCCACCAUGGGUGAAGAAGCUGAGCAGAGCUGCCUGUCUGUGUCUGCUGAUGAGGGAGGGGGCAGAAGCUGUGAAGGGGGUGUAUGGCUGCAGUGCUAGGGCAACAGUGUUUCCCUGAGGUCCCACUGGGGGGGCUGGCCCCACCUCAGGCAGGGUAGGGGCUCCAAAAGCACCUUCACCCUUGCCCUUCGCCCGUUCUAAGUUUACAGAGUAUUUUCCUUACAAUCUUUCCACACUCCCCACCACCGCAGGGCUGGGAUUAGAGGGUGGCAAUGGCAAAGGGACCUGGAAAAUGACCCUCCUGUCUCAGGGGUCAGGGACAUAGCUAGGUGGCCUCUUUCUGCCCUCAUGUUUACGUUGGCAGCCUGAAGCACUUUAAGUUGUCUUUUUAUUUGGUCUGUUCCUAUAACUUAUUCUCCAACUACAGCUUCCAACUGAAAUAAGACUAUUAAAUGCCUGUUCAGGAGGGAGAAUAACUGUUGUUUGUGUGUUGAUGGAAGAGCAGACCACAGGGGCUCAGGAAGUUCACUUCAGCAUGGACAAACUGCUCCCCUGAGCUCCCUUCCUGUCCACGUUUUUUUCUGUUCCCAAUUACUAAAGCCCAGUGGUGGCCUUGCCCCAUACACCCUGGACUGAGGUGCAUGACUAUCUCUUUAGAAGGUAGAAGAAAGGCAGGCAUGAUGACUCAUGCUUGUAAUCCCAAACACUUGGAAGGUGGAGACAUGAGGAUUGUAGUUCAAGGCCAGCCUGGGCAAAAGUUAGCAAAACCCUGAACCUAAAAACAAGCUUGAUGUGGUGGUGCUUAUCUGUAAUGCCAGCUCCUCAGGAGGUGGUUUGAGGCCAGCCUAUGCAAAGUUAACAUGAGACCCUAUGUGAAAAACAAACCAAGAGCUGAAGAA